UUGUCAUGCUCCACACAUCCAUGUCCAAAAAGAUAAACCCCACAAUCCCUCACGUGGACAAAAUACUACCUCUGCUGACACUUUAAACAACACUCAACAAAACAGACUUCCCAUAAUACACAACACUCAUCAAAUGGCGUCUCUUUUCCCCCCUUCUACCGCCAUUGCAAUAACAAGUUUCCAUCAAGAACCAAAUCCCAUUUGCUUUUCACCUUUAAAACCCAUUUCAAAACGCUACUACUUUUGUUCUUUCACUAACCCUUGUAAAAGAAACAAUACCAUUGUUACUUGUAGUACAUUUCUUGAAGAAGUUUCUGUUAGCUUCGACGACUCAUUGUCUCAGUUUCCAGUUUUCCAAUCUGGGUUUGAGACAUUUCAGAAAUAUUUGUUAGAUUUGUCGGAAGAACAAAGAUUGGUGUUGUUGGUUUUCGCGGGCCUUAUAUGGAUAUACUUGACAGCUAGACCUGGAGUUUUAGUUGGUGCUAUUGAUGCAUAUAUUUUGUCACCUAUUCAAGUGGGGUUGGAUAGUUUGAGUGGGAAAAGGAGUUUUAAGAUGAAGGAUUUUUUGAUUGGGGAGAGAUUAGGAGAGGGUUCAUUCGGGAUUGUUUAUUCUGGGGUUAUUGUUCCUAAGAAUGUUAAUUUGGAUGAAACUGUGAGGAAAAGAGGAUCAUCAGUAAAAUCCAUUAUUACAGAUUCAAGAUUCAAGGAUAAGGUCAUUCUUAAACAGGUAAAGAUUGGUGUUCAAGGAGCUGUGGAAUGUGGCGAAUUUGAAGAAUGGUUCAAUUAUAGGCUAUCAAGAGCAGCUCCUGAGACAUGUGCAGAGUUUCUUGGUAGCUUUGUUGCUGAAAAAACUAACUCAAGAUAUACUAAGGGUGAGAAAUGGCUUGUCUGGAAAUUUGAGGGAGAUCGGGACCUAGCUGAUUACAUGAAGGAUCGCGGCUUCCCCUUGAACAUAGAAUCUGUCAUGUUUGGUCGUGUCUUACAAGGAUUGGAGUCAAUUCAACGGAAUGCACUAAUUAUCAAACAAAUCAUGCGUCAGAUUAUUACUUCCCUUAAGAAAAUCCAUGACACAGGUAUAGUCCAUAGAGAUGUUAAGCCAUCCAACUUAGUGGUCACGAAAAAGGGACAAAUCAAGCUGAUAGAUUUUGGGGCAGCAACUGAUCUUCGGAUUGGAAAAAAUUAUGUACCUGACAAGGGGCUACUAGAUCCUGAUUAUUGUCCACCUGAACUCUAUGUAAUGCCGGAAGAAACGCCAAAACCACCACCAGAGCCAGUUGCUGCACUUCUUUCCCCCGUUUUAUGGCAGCUAAAUAAUCCUGAUCUUUUUGACACGUAUUCUGCUGGAAUAGUGCUUAUGCAAAUGGCAGUACCGAACUUAAGGUCUACAGCAGGCUUAAAGAACUUCAAUAUGGAACUAAAUGCAGUUGGAUAUGACUUGAAUAAAUGGAGAGAAAAGACUAGGACGAGGCCUGAUCUCAGUAUUCUUGAUCUCGACUCUGGUAGAGGGUGGGAUUUGGCUACGAAACUUAUUUCAGAGAGAGGUGGACGUUUAUCUGCUGCUGCAGCUCUUACGCAUCCUUAUUUCCUUCUAGGUGGUGACCAAGCUGCUGCAGUUCUCUCAAAACUUAGCUUCUCAAAGUAGGAGCUCGACUUGGUAAUGCAAGUAUGACAUGUUCCUGGUGCCUGAUACUCGUUUUCCCUCCUUAUUAUGCCGAUAUUCUUUUUGGUCAAGGCUUCUUUUCCUUAGCAUCUGGAGUUGUUGACGUGCAUUUAUGCAGUUUGUCCGUCAAUCAAUACUCUAGAUGUCUACGCAAGGAUUCAAGUUUUUCAUUUUCUGAUGAACGGCUUCAUAGAGUCAUGAAGUGGUUCCAAACCUGAAAACAAAAGAGAAGAUGCUAACAGGGAAAAAUGACCUGCUAUGCUUUAACUCUUUCUGCUGGAUGGCCUCUUAUUGGUACGGCAAAGCAAAUUAAAAUCAUACACAUUUACUUCCUACACUUAGUUGAAGGACAAAAGAAAAUUUUCAGCUUGUAGCAGUCAAGUUCUUUUUCCCUGCACGGCGAGUGAGAUCAGUAAGAAAUAUGUAAACAAAACAGAUGUAGAGAUCACCAUUUGCAGAGCUGCAAGCCAAUUAUACUCGUCUCUGGUUCAUUUAUCUUUGUAAACAAAUGACAUGGUCAGUAGCUGGGAUAAGAGAAUUGUAUAUGAAUUCUUGUGUAUAUUUCUUUUCAAGGCCUAUUGAUCCUUGUAGUUUAUAACCAGCAAGCACAUACUGUUGGGUUCAUAUUAUAUGAAUGAAGUGUGAAUGGAAAAA